CGUUUAUCAAACUAGUAGCACUGUCAUCAUACGGGGCGCAGGGCACGUGGGUAGGGCGAAGUGCCCAAUGGGAUUGGCGACUGUGGCUACGCGCAUCCGCCCUCCUUCCAAAACCACCCCAAACGGUUGGUCACGCGGGGGGUGGUUGGGGGCGCGCGCGCCUGCCACCGGUCCCUUCAGUCUGGCAGCGCCGACACACCAUGUGUCAUUCAGUAGUCGCGAACGUGAGAGAAGGCCCACACCAUCGAUCACGGUGAGAAUUCUAUGCUACACAUUUAAAGUUACGAUCACGUCGACGCAGCGAUCGCCGCCGAAGUCAUCAAAAGUGAUAAACGUCAUAAAACAAUAACAACGGUUAUAAUUUAAUUGUAUACAAUAUGGAUACCACCAAAUCGGCCAGGAACGUAUACAGCAUCGAUCAAAUUCUCGGAACUACUCAUCCGUCCAAAAACGAAAAUUCGAGUGUUCAUUGCCAAUCCAAAUUGGACGCAUUAUAUGCAGCUAGUGGAACCGAUCCAUCCCUACAUCGGUCCGACGAACACGAUGAUGAUAAACCCCGAAAAGUUCGUCGUAGCAGAACAACAUUUACAACAUAUCAAUUACAUCAAUUAGAAAGAGCUUUUGAAAAGACUCAAUAUCCUGAUGUAUUUACUAGAGAAGAACUCGCUUUAAGAUUGGAUCUCAGUGAAGCCAGAGUGCAGGUAUGGUUUCAAAAUCGUAGAGCUAAAUGGAGAAAACGAGAAAAAUCAAUGGGCAGAGAAUCCAAUCCAUACAUACCUGACCACACGCUGUUCAGAAACGACUGUUUGUCCGUGGCACCCACGCUGGGAGGUCCGCUACCGUUCCUCACGCCCGAACAAUUCUGGCCGAGCAUCGUGUUCAACCCGGCGGCUGCGUCGGCGUUCCUGCUCGGCUUGCCGUGGCACCAUCAUCACGCUGCCCAGCCGUCGGCCACUGCUGCCGCCGCGUCGUAUCAGUCGUCCGUACACAAGGCGCUGUCCGAGCGAAUCAUCACCGCCAACCAGUGGCCGGCCGUCGCGCUGCAAACGUCAUCGUCCGAACCGCACAGCCCGUCGUCCGCGGGCACGUCCAGUCCCGCGGCGCUGUCGCCCGUCCGCGAGCCGUCGGUAGACGCGGCCACGGUUGCCGCCGCCGAAAACCGAUCACCCUACCUGAACGACGACGACGAUGACGGCGACGGUGACGACGAAAACGAAGCCGGCAGGUGUUCGCCGCCAGUUUUGAUGGAAAACGUUUCCUGUUAAUAUGUUUGGCUACGGCGAUACAUAAAAUAUAUUACCUUACCUAAUACAUGCAUAUUAUAUACCAACCGCUUUAAAUAGUUAUUAUUUAACUUCGACCCCCCCCCCUCCUCACACAAUCAUCCACCUACUGGACGUGUGAUUGUUUUUUUUUUUUUUGUUGUUGUUAUAUGACGUGAAUUUUUGUUCAGACCUAAGACUUAUAAGUUAUAAUGUAUAAUCAUCUCGAUGAACGAGUUUUAAAAACAAGAAUAAAUUAAAAGAAAUAAUUUUACAUAUACCUAAGUUAUUUUGUAAAUGCCUUUACCGAUAUUACCAUUAUAUGUACGAUAAUAACACUACAUUUUUGCAAACGUUAAUUUUUUUUUACUAUUUUAUAUCGCAACAAACAUCUUAACCAUUUUAUUUUUGGGAGCGUAGACCCCUAUACGCGUUGAAACCGAAUUUUAAACUGUAAAUUUUAACAUUAAAUAACGUAUUAAAUAUUAAUAUAAUAAUAUUAUACUAUUAAUAGUUGAACCAUUAAUACUCAAAUAUGGCGAACUACGUAGUAGUUAGCCGUUAUAUUAUCAAACGAUAAAUAUUGAUUCAAUAUUUAUACACAGGCAUGUAUACAAAAUAAAAUUUCGGGUGGAGGGGGGGUGACCAUCCCCCUCUGUAUGCGUGCCUGUUUAUACACAUCAAAUUGUCAAAAUGUUCAAAAAUAAUUUCUACUUCAAUAAAUGAUAAAGAAAAACCCUAAAUGAAUCACUGUUAUGAUAUGUCACAAUUAUGAAAAAAAAAAUAGUAAAUAUUUGAUCUUCGCAAAAAUUUAAUGUAAUAAUUUAUAAUAGUAAAUACUUAUUUUAAAUUAUAUUAGGUGAGUAUUAGGUUAUUUUUAUUGUAAAAAAUGUAAAUUGUAUAAAAUAUGAUAUUUACCUAUA